AGACAUGAAGCAGCUGAAAAGUUAGGUUUUAAAAAUUAUGGUAAUCUAUCAAUGAGUACCAAGAUGGCUUCUUCAACAGAAGAAAUUGAAAAUACUCUAUCAUCAAUUUUAGAAAAAGCAAGACCAUUGCAAGAGAAAGAGAUAGAAUUACUUCAAGAGUUUUCUAACAAAAGAGGAAAUGAAUAUCCAAUACAAUUAUGGGAUGUUCCAUAUUGGGCAAGAUUACAAAUGAAAAAUCUCUAUGGUUAUGAUGAAGUCUUAUGGUCUGAAUAUUUUCCAUUAGAUAGAGUAUUAGAUGGACUUUUUAACCUGUGCAAUAAAUUGUUUGGCAUUCGUAUAUUAGAAAUGCCUAAUAAAGUAAAUAUGUGGCAUCCUGAUGUUAAAUAUUAUGAAAUUUUAAGAGAAGAUGAACCAACUAUUAUGGCAGGUUUUUACUUAGAUCUUUGUACUAGACCUAACAAGAUGAGAAGUGUGGGUGAACCAGGUUGGAUAGUUACUCAUAGAACUGCUUCAUCAAUUCCUAAAAAAGUAUUACCUUUAGCAGCUCUUAUUAUGAAUAUGCCUUCAUCACAAAAUAAAGUACCUAGUUUAUUGAGUUUUAACCAAGUGAAAACGUUAUUUGGCAAAUUUGGACAUCUUUUACAAAAUUUAUUAUGUCAAGUUCAUUAUGCUGAAGUAUCUGGUCUAAACAAUGUCGAAUGGGAUGCAAUAGGUAUUACUAGUAACUUUAUGAAACAUUGGUUAUACGAUAAAGACACAUUUGAAAGUUUAAAUAGUCAUUAUAAAACUGGAAAAAGGUUGCCUGGUGAUCAAUUAACUGAAAUAAAACAACAUAUGGCUGGUUUUAAUACUUGUGAAGAACUAUACAAGUCAAUGCUAGAUUUGAAAAUGCAUACAACGAUCAUUGUAUUUAAAGUACAAAUAUUAAAAAUAUACAAAAACAUAUAGAACAACAAAUAACAA